ACAUGACACAAUGUGAAAUUUUCCUGGCAUCCUAGAGCCAGAUAUGGAUUUCUGAAGGACCGGGGCACAGACAUUUGGUAAAAAGCUAUUUGUUUCUACUUGGGAAAGGAAAUGUAAAUGUUUAUAUAAUACCCUGGAUUGAAAGUAAUGUUCCACCUGGUAGAUGGACUUGUGUACACUUUUUCAGAACCUGGUAUUUUCAGUUUGAUGUUAUCAAUAACAUAUUUUCAUCUAAUUCCCCUUUUUUUGCCUCUUAAUUUCUGCUUCUGUAGUUCUAGGAAGAUUCAUAUAUCACACAGAAUAGUACUGAUUAGUAAAAGUGGGAAGUGGUUGAAGGAAAGAGUCCUCGUCUAGUAAUUCAGAAGGAAACACUAGCUGCAACUUGCCUACAGGGUUACCAAAGCUGUUUUUCAAAUUAUGGAUUCUCAUGAACCAGUAACUUUAAAGGGGGAUCAUGAAGAGGAAUAGGCUGUGUAUGCAAAGCUCAGGAAGCAAGUGAAGACAUCUUUUUCUAAGACUAUGUCAGAGAGUCACAAUGACCUUGCACAACAAUAGUACAGCCUCGCCUUUGUUUCCGAACAUCAGCUCUUCCUGGAUACAUGGCCCCUCGGACACAGGACUGCCCCCAGGAACAGUCACUCAUUUUGGCAGCUACAACAUUUCUCGGGCAGCUGGGAAUUUCUCCUCUCCAAAUGUCACCACCAGUGACCCUCUGGGAGGCCACACCGUCUGGCAAGUGGUCUUCAUUGCAUUCUUAACGGGCUCCCUGGCCUUGGUGACCAUCAUUGGCAACAUCCUAGUCAUAGUGUCAUUUAAGGUCAACAAGCAGCUGAAGACAGUCAAUAACUACUUCCUCUUAAGCCUGGCCUGUGCAGACCUGAUUAUUGGGGUCAUUUCAAUGAAUCUGUUUACUACCUACAUCAUUAUGAAUCGAUGGGCUUUAGGGAACUUGGCCUGUGACCUCUGGCUUUCCAUUGACUAUGUGGCUAGCAAUGCCUCAGUCAUGAAUCUUCUGGUCAUUAGCUUUGACAGGUACUUUUCUAUCACAAGGCCACUCACGUACCGAGCCAAACGAACCACAAAAAGAGCCGGUGUGAUGAUCGGUUUGGCUUGGGUCAUCUCUUUUAUCCUUUGGGCUCCCGCCAUCUUGUUCUGGCAAUACUUUGUUGGAAAGAGGACUGUGCCCCCAGGGGAGUGUUUCAUUCAGUUCCUCAGUGAGCCCACCAUUACCUUUGGCACGGCCAUUGCUGCCUUUUAUAUGCCUGUCACCAUUAUGACUAUUUUAUAUUGGAGGAUCUAUAAGGAAACUGAAAAACGUACCAAAGAGCUUGCUGGGCUGCAAGCCUCUGGGACAGAAGCAGAGACAGAAAACUUUGUCCACCCCACAGGCAGCUCUCGAAGCUGCAGCAGCUAUGAGCUUCAACAGCAAAGCAUGAAACGCUCAGCCAAGAGGAAGUACGGCCGCUGCCACUUCUGGUUCACAACCAAGAGCUGGAAGCCCAGUGCUGAACAGAUGGACCAAGACCACAGCAGCAGUGACAGCUGGAACAACAAUGACGCUGCUGCCUCCCUGGAAAACUCCGCCUCUUCCGAUGAGGAGGACAUUGGCUCCGAGACAAGAGCCAUCUACUCUAUUGUGCUCAAGCUUCCAGGUCACAGCACCAUCCUCAACUCCACCAAAUUACCCUCAUCAGACAACCUGCAGGUGCCUGAGGAGGAGCUGGUGAAGGCAGACUUGGAGAGGAAAGCCAGCAAGCUGCAGGCCCAGAAGAGCAUGGAGGAUGGAGGCAGUUUCCAGAAAAGCUUCUCUAAGCUUCCCAUCCAGUUAGAGUCAGCCGUGGACACAGCCAAGACCUCUGAUGACAGCUCCUCAGUGGGAAAGACCACGGCCACUCUACCUCUGUCCUUCAAAGAAGCGACUCUGGCCAAGAGGUUCGCUCUGAAGACCAGGAGUCAGAUCACUAAACGGAAAAGAAUGUCCCUCAUCAAGGAGAAGAAGGCAGCCCAGACCCUCAGUGCGAUCUUACUUGCCUUCAUCAUCACCUGGACCCCGUACAACAUCAUGGUUCUGGUGAACACCUUCUGUGACAGCUGCAUCCCCAAAGCCUAUUGGAACCUAGGCUACUGGCUGUGCUACAUCAACAGCACCGUGAACCCGGUGUGCUACGCACUGUGCAACAAGACAUUCAGAACCACGUUCAAGAUGCUGCUGCUGUGCCAAUGUGACAAGAGGAAGAGGCGCAAGCAGCAGUACCAGCAAAGACAGUCCGUCAUUUUCCACAAGCGUGUGCCCGAGCAGGCCUUGUAGAACUCGGUUUUAACAAUAGCAGUGACCAAACGCACACACAAACCCACACACCUUAGGAAGGAGUAAGGCGAGGGUGGGGGUGAUUUCUGGUGGUGAUAAAACAGUGUUAUCACCCAGAUGUGAAAGAAGCUGCCUGUUUACCGAUCCUUUGAAUAAACCAAUUUUAAUAUAAAAAGUCAAAUACAAAUUCAGCAAAAAAAUUACAUACUACUGAACAUAAAAACAUUUAUUAUGAAAUAGACUUUAAGUGUUUUUUCCUUAAAGAGGAAGAAAAAAAAUUGCUUCACAGCAAUGAUACACCCAAAUUGACCUGCCUGGGUCUUUUCAUUCACAUGAGCUCUGGAAUCUCAGAUGAGCAUAGCUAGCUGGCCCAGUGGCCACCUUCUUUCCAAGGAUCCCCAAAGUGUUGGUCCAGACCCCACGUGGAACCCAGCAGGCUAGUGGAUCCAUGGUUCUGAAAUUAUUUCCUGCGUUGCAAAGCUGAAACUUCAUGUCCCAAUACAGCUUCCUGUCUUCUCUUUGGUGUGUUGUUAAACUCUCUUUGUGGACUUGAUUCUUGCAAAGUACUGUUUUGUGCAGUUCAAGUUUCGUACAAAUAAAAAUACAUAAGUAUAUAUAUGUGUGAGUUUUGCACGCACACACAUAGUGUAUAUAAUAUACUGGGAACACUGAACUGGCAAAUUAUCACUGCAGUAUAUGCUUCCAGUCCUUUGGUAACUGAAGUUCUCUAGGAUCCUAAUAUGACAUAAAAGUGAAAUAAACCCAGUUUUAUGUUUUUGAAACUGGAGGUGUUGUCAACAAACCACCCUGGGGAGUUUUCUAUACAGAGCAGCCAGGCCUUCCUGGGAGGUCUCUGUAGAGCAGACAGGCUCAAAAGCCAGGUUCAGCACUGUGGUAUGACCAGAACCCGAGUGUAAGCAAGCUCCUUUGUUGAUGUCUUCCUCAACAAAGCUAAAGCGGGGCCCUGCUAAGCUCAAAGAAUCACAGCCACGUGUUUGAAUUUAAUAGUCCAAAUCUGAAUAUGUUUCAAAACAAAAUUUCUGUUACCUACACCGCUUGAAACUUCAUAAUAGUGUCACGUUUGAAUGUCAUUACACAGCAAUAUAUAUGGCAAGACGAAAGAAAAAUUGUGAGCAGGGGAUAAAGGAGAACACGGUAUUCGAGGUCUUGCUACCUGGAACCUUCUAAAAGAAAAAAGGGCUUAAACCUUUGUAGCAGAGCCAUGGCCACUGCUUUCUGGUGUUCACCCAGGAGUAGGUGGGGUUUGUGAAGUGACAUGGCCUUUGAAGAAAGGACUACACUUUGAUUUCCUGACGUUUUGGAAAAUAAUUUUGUGUUAUCCUUUGAACUGACCAAAAUGAUCCAUGUUGUACUUGGGGGGGAGG